CACCGCUUUAUAGGAUAAGUUGUUAUACACACCAAAUGUAAAUAAGCCAACACAGAUAGGCAUGAGGUUUAACCACCUGAUCACCUUUUGGACGAUGGUACUGGCUUUAUAGAGAGGGUGAGGAUCAGGAGGCAUUCAUACUGAAUCAAAUAUAAGUGAGCCAUGGCAGUCUUUUAUCGUGUUCGGCUGAUGUCUCUGGUUGUGCUGAUGCUGGCGUCUCAGCUGGACGUUGCCAGCGCUGCUGUUCGAGUGUUUGGCUUAAAUGCCAAAUACCUCACUGGUGAUCCUUUUGGAAACUACCCUGAUCCAUACGUCAAGGUCUGGUGUGGCUCAAGUUUUGGAGGGAUGACAGAUUUUCACAGGGAUACAGCUAAUCCUUCAUGGUCUGCAGAGUUCAACUUCCCAAACUGCAAAGAAAAUGAAACCCUGUCAUUGCAGGUGUGGGACAAAGACCUAAAUUUUGAUGAUUACUUGGGCACAUGUAACAGACAGGUGGCAAAAGAGUCUUCUGCCAUUACUUGUUAUCUGAACACAGGAACUCUGUUUUACAGGUAUGAGUUAAAAUAAAUCUGUUCCAAACCAGCAUUGUGUAAAGCUGCUUUGAAACAAAGUGAGUAGCCUGAUAGUAAUAGUUGAACAUGUUUUGCAUUGAUUUAUGUUCAUCAAAAUCAACUGCUGACAUACUUUUCUUCUUUACUGAAAUGCUAUUCACUAUUAAAAAAAAAAUACUAAUAAAAGUCAUAAAUAAUG